UCGCUCAACCGGCAUAACUGGUAGCACCAGCUUACCGAGCAGUCAACUUUCAAUUGUUUAAACAUUUGAAUAUAAAAGUUCCAUUGGAACUGACAAAUUAUAACUUCAAACAUUUGAAAACAGAAGUUCCAUUGGAACGCGCAAAUUCUACGUUUGAAAAUUUGAAUAUUCAAAAAGAAGCCAUGGACAAGAGACAGCUGAUCGGUAGUGCUACGCGCUACAUCGCUGGCAGGCAUGCAGUCCAGACUGUUUACUGGAGAAAAUCAGCGGAGGAGGGCAAAGGGAUGCUGAAAACCACCAAGAUGACCUUCUUCGGGAAAAACGAGGGACCCAACAAAGUGGAUAGCGCGGAAAUGUUUGCGAGAGUACGCGACCGAUACAUGUGAAAUGAUACCGAGUAUCGUUCCAGUUACAACUGUGAUAUCUCUAGAAUAAGGUCUUAGGUCUAAGUUAUUUAUAAUGUAGCGAAUACCAGUGAGAGUGAUUUACCGUGACAGCGGUAUUUUUGUAAUGUGAUUGCGAGUCACCACAUAGUGCAAAUUAGUUUUUAACUGUAUUUGGAAACCUCAAUAAAAGAAGUGAAUUUGUUAAAUA